AUGUCGACCAAGGUUGCGGAAGUGAUGACAGGGAUUGCUCGUCCAACAGCCAACUUUCAUGCAUCUGUUUGGGGAGACUUUUUUCUUAAAUAUACUUCUACUAUUGAUUCCAAGGACAAUGAGCUAACAAACAAAAUUCAUAGUGAAUUGAAAGAAAGAUUGAGGGAAAAAUUGAUAUCGCCACAUUUGAUCAAUACUAGUCUAUCGGAAAAGUUAAGCUUCAUUGAUAAUAUUCACCGUCUCGGUGUGAGUUAUCAUUUUGAAAAUGAGAUUGAACAAAUAAUCCAACGCAUUUAUAUUGAUAAACAACACAUGAACCUUGACAACAAUGAGGAUGUUAAUCUUCUGAAUUGCGGUCUUCUCUUUAGGUUACUUAGACAUCAAGGAUAUAAUGUUUCGGCAGUAACAGUGGACGUGUUUAAGAAAUUCUUGGACAUCAACGGCGAGUUUAAGACAUCUAUAAAAAAUGACAUAAAAGGGAUGUUAAGCCUGCACGAGGCGACACAAUUGAGGCUCCCAGGAGAAGACAUUUUGGAGAAAGCCUUGAAUUUCACUACAAAGAUAUUUGAGACUAUGUUGUUACAUGAUCAUCAUGAUAUCAUAGAUCACAGGAAUCCCUACCUUUACCAACAAAUAACUAAUGCUCUCAAUCAAUCAUUGCAUAAGGGUAUGAUAAGGAUAGAAGCAAAAAAGUACUUCCCCAUCUAUGAGAACUACAAUACCCACGAUAACAAAUUGCUAGAAUUUGCAAAACUUGAUUACAACAUAUUACAAAGAAUGUACCAAAGAGAACUUGGAGAACUCACUAUAUGGUGGAAGAAUUUAGAUUUUGUGAACAAAUGUCCUUUCGCAAGAGAUAGGUUGGUGGAAGGCUAUUUUUGUACUUUAGCAGUUUACUUUGAGCCUGAAUAUUCAUAUAGUAGGAAAAUGGCUACUAAGAUGAUAGCUUUCUCAUCAGUGUUGGAUGAUAUUUAUGAUGCUUAUUGUACUUGGGAAGAAUUGGUAGUCUUCACUGAUGCAAUUAAUAGGUGGGAGAAAAAUGACUUAAAUCAACUACCGGAAUAUAUAAAAUAUUAUAAUAAUGCACUUCAUAAUUAUUUUGAAGUGUUGGAAAAUGAAUGUUUCCAACGGAAAAUUCAACAUAGUGUUCCUUAUCUCAAAGAAAUGGUGAAAGUUAUGGCGAAUAUAUACUUGAAAGAGGCAUGUUGGCUUCAUAAAAGUUAUAUCCCCACACUUGAAGAAUACAUGAAUGUGACACUAAUCUCAUCUACUGCUCGAUUCCUAUCAAUCAAUUUGUUUAUUGGAAUGGAUCCUAUUUUAGCAACUAAAGAGGUUUUUGAUUGGGCAUUUGAAGAUCCUCCCAUCUUCAAAGCUAUUGCUGUGGUUAUGAGACUUAUUGAUGACACUGUUGGAUUCAAGUUUGAACAAGAACGAGAACAUGUAGUAUCAUCAGUACAAUGUUACAUGAAUCAACAUAACGUGUCUGAAGAUAUUGCGAUAUAUGAGCUAAAAAGGCAAGUAUCUGAUGCGUGGAAAGUCAUCAACUCUGAACUAAUUCGACCAACUAAAAUCCCAAGGAAUCUGCUUACUCGGGUAGUUGGUAUUGCACGAUUUAUGGAAGUAUUGUAUAUUAAAGAAGACGCAUACACACAUUCACAAUCCAAGGGGAAAGAGAUUCUUACCUAUGUGCUUGUUAAUCCGGUCGAUGUGUAA